AAGUAUGGCUAUGAUGUUAGAAAACUACCACUCAUCUCUGAAAAAUCAUGGAGCAAUGAAUAAAAGACAGAUUGGAGAUAAAAGUAAGAUUCCCGUAAUGUUGCACCAACACCCCUCAACAACUCUCCGAAAACACUCUCUCAUUAGAACAGAAUACCAAGGCGAUGGAGUUACAGCACCUCAGUUCUCCAUCAGAAGUGUAAACAAAGUGCUGUCCGGAGGAAAGAGGACCGACAGGAGAAAACUUUCUGAUGAUUUUGUGAUAAGACGGCAGGAUUCAGAAAGGCAAAGUAAUCUGCUGUCCAGUUUGUCAAUGGAAUACAUCAACUCUUCUAACGUCCUCUGCUGUGUUAGGGACUCGAAUGAACUCUUACAGGCUAAACUGGCAAGUUCCAGCUCUAGAUUAGUUGAGAGGAUAAACGACCAAGCGGAAGUGCUUUACAAUGAUAUCCAGCACCCAAAAGCUUUCAAACAUCCUACAAACAAUAUCUCACAGAUUAAGGUAAAGCCCAGUAAGAAGAAUAAGACCAGUUACACGGAGAUGUAUUUGGCUAAACAGCAGCAAUUGGAUAAGCAACUUGACAGAAAGAAGUGUGCCAAUAUUUCAAAGCAGAGGUGUGAGAAUGAAAGACAGUUCAUCAGUCCAGAAAUUAGAAAUUAUCACGGAGAGGAGGGAACAGAAAGUAAAAUAUCUACAUACCCGCACACUUUACCCAGUGCAAUGUGCACUAUCUCUGGCGGAGGAGAGUUCCCGGCACUAUACGGAGGUUACUCUGCCUUACCCCCCAUCCAUACCACGCAGGAACCAGCUGUAGAGGAGGAAGUUCUGCCCCCUCCCUCUCCCAAGAAGGCUGGUGAGGGUUAUUCAGCUCCAAAACCGCAAGUUACAUACAGACCCUAUACUUUAAAAGAGUACGGAGCAAUGAAGAGAAGUUUUGGUUACAGAACAGGUGGACUAGGACCUGAUACCUUAAAUACUGCUUAUAAAUCAAAGUUAUAG